AUGACGUGCCUCACCAUAGGCCACGACGGCUCUGGCAGCUGCAGCGCUUGGCAGCUGGCCUGGGUGCGCAUCACGAACCUCCUCAGUGGCGAGUGUACCUUCUUCCCAGCUUCCAUUUGGCUGGACAGCGCCGCUCACGGCAGCCGCAGCUGGGUGGAGCUUCAUCCGAGACGUGAGGGCAGCGAACACAAGGACUCCCCAGGGGACUCACUCUGGCGUGGCGAUGAUGCGAUUCCUGCGUUUCGGGGCCGCGGACGGCUCAGCCCGCUGCCGUCUGCCGACACGGCAGGGGAUGUGGCGUUGGAGCGCAUCAAGCAUCUGGGCCUGUCUGUGCGCUCUGGUCAGCCGGGCUACAAGGUGGUCUUCAAGACCAGCAGCAUGCUGGGGGCCGGCACGGCGGCGCGCGUGUUUUUUGAGCUGGUGGGCGAACAGGGCUCUUCCGGCAUCGCAUACGUGGGCAGGGGCGAGGGCGGAGGCGGGUUUGACCGCGGCGGCAUCUCCAGCCUGCUGUUCCCGCGGCUGCCCCACAUCGGCUCACUGCGGCAGCUGCGCGUCGGCACGGACGGCAGCGGGCUGUUUGCGCCUUGGCACCUGCGCCGCGUGGAGGUGGUGCAUGUCGCGUCUGGGGAUCGAUGGGUGUUCGAUGCGCACGCCUGGAUUGAUCAGCGCUGCGACUACCAGAGGAUCCUGCCCGUGUCGCAGUUUGACCCCGGGCGCGAGGGGGCGGGCAGCAGGGCGUGCGACGCUGCGGGGCGGGAGGUCAUCGGCCCACUUUGA